AUGUUGUGUUCCCUGCAAGACCCAGAGAACAUGUGGGCCUACGAGGUAGACGCCAGGUCGACAGGGGACAAAAAGUCUGCCCGGGAGGAGCGUCGAGGAGACGUAGUGGUGGGCCAGUACAGCGCCAUGGACCCUCAUGGUUCUCUCUGCGUCGUCGACUACUCUGUAGCUCCCGACACUGACUUCCAGGCCACUAAACGCAACCAGUAUCAACAAGACCGCAACCAGUAUCAACACAACCGUAACCAGUACCAGCUGAAUCAUUACCAACAGAACAGCAACUACUACCAGGAGAACCGCAACCAGUACCAGUCCAACUAUCGCACGAGUACCAACCAAUACAACCACAACAACCAGUCCAACAACCUCCACAACAACAGGUACAUCUCACAGAGUUACGGCUCCACCAACAACAACCACAACUACAACCAAAACUCACACCUCAACUCCAACCUUUUCAACCUGGAAUACAACCAACAACUCUCCCGGUUAUCCACCAACAACCACAACCAGUACGGAAGGAGCCAAGACCCAGAGAACAUGUGGGCCUACGAGGUAGACGCCAGGUCGACAGGGGACAAAAAGUCUGCCCGGGAGGAGCGUCGAGGAGACGUAGUGGUGGGCCAGUACAGCGCCAUGGACCCUGAUGGUUCUCUCUGCGUCGUCGACUACUCUGUAGCUCCCGACACUGACUUCCAGGCCACUGUUACCAAGCAAUCCACCCAUGAAAACUUCCAGAGCCAAAGCCAAUAG